UCAUUUCAAUCUUCAAAAUGCUCCUUAGUAUUCCCGUCAUCGCGACCCUGCUGUCGGUCGCAGUAGCCAAUCCCACUCCCCAAAUACCCCCGCUAGGAGAAAAUAACAAAUGGUUCGUAACAAAAUGGGGCGCAUUCUGUGAUCCCGGUGGAAUUUGUAGAUUUGGUUUGUUCACAUUUCCUCCUCUUCCCCUCUCUUCCUACCGAUCCUCGCAAGCUAACUAACACAAACUAGGAUUCGACAUCAGGGGCGAUGAAAAAGUCGGUAAAAUCAAUGUCCCCAAAUUCACCGCCAACUGCGCCGCCACCGACGUCAGAAUCGAUGGCAACAAGGUGGCAUGUAGAAUCACGGAUCCAGCGAGCUACCCGUCGGGAAACGUACGGGAAGUCUUCGCGGGGUUGAUUUCCGGCGACCCUGCCAUAACUGAGGAUGUGAAGCUUGCGAUUGAUUACAAGUUUAAGGAGAUAGGCGGGUAAGUUGCCCAGUUGUUGCUUUGUUGCUGAGUGGGGAAUGGGAUGAUGGCUAAUGACCUGGGAAUAGACUAGAGAGCACUUGGAUUAUCUCGGCUACUGAUGGGGUGUUCUUUGCGGGGGCCCAGGACUUCGAUAUUCCUACUGAGUCGUUUCAAAAGGUGUAGCCUUAGAGGGGGUCCGUCAUUGGUAUCAGACGGUUUGUAGGGAUUUGAGUACUUUUAGGGUGUUGCUUUCUUGGAAGACGGACUUCAAGGUUCAUGAAGGGGUUAGAGUUUAAAGAGAUGAAAUACUGCGAGUUGAGAAUGGAAAUACAUAACAGCUCAGGUGCGUUGCAAAGAAGAGGUAUGGGAGAGUUCUUUGUGAUAUGUAAUGUUACUUGGUAGAUUUAACGACACUAUCUAGGAAUUAAAG